CUGGCCCGGGAGGCUUGGGCGCGCGCAGCCAGCCCCGGUCUCGCCGGGGACCAAGGGACGCAGGUAGGGGCGGCCGCGGUGGCUCGGGCGGCUGGGCAAGGGGCCUCUGCCCGCUCACCAUGGUCGAGAAACGCUUCUCCAAGUUCCUGCAGAAACUCUCCUUCUCGGGCGCGGGCCGCCAGUACGAGCCGCUGGAGAGGGGCGAGUUGGAAACCUUGAUUGGUGACCAAUGUGAGUCAAAAGCCAUUGAAAAAGAGAAGACGGUGGUGGCUCUGCCGCCCAAGGAAGCGAGCAAAUGCCACAAAGAGGAUUUGGCCAAAGCAUUUUACGUGGACUUACAGAAUGGCCUGUCGGAGUUCUCGGUGACGCAGCGCAGGCUGGUCCACGGCUGGAACGAGUUUGUCGCUAACAGUACCGAACCCGCAUGGAAGAAAUAUCUCGAUCAGUUUAAGAACCCCCUGAUCAUGCUGCUGCUGGCCUCUGCCCUGGUGAGCGUCCUCACGCGGGAGUACGAGGACGCCGUCAGCAUCGCCCUGGCUGUGCUGAUCGUGGUGACGGUGGCCUUCAUCCAGGAGUACAGGUCGGAGAAGUCUCUGGAAGAGCUGACCAAGCUGGUUCCCCCCGAGUGUAACUGCAUAAGAGAAGGGAGGCUCCAGCAUCUGCUGGCCCGAGACCUGGUCCCCGGAGACGUCGUGUCUCUCUCCAUCGGAGACCGCAUCCCUGCAGACAUCCGUCUCACCGAGGUCACAGACCUCCUGGUGGAUGAGUCCAGUUUCACAGGAGAAGCUGAGCCGAGCAGUAAAACCGACAGCCCGCUGACGGGCGGAGAGGACCUCACCGCCCUGAGCAACAUCGUCUUCAUGGGGACCCUGGUGCAGUGCGGGAAGGGGCAGGGAGUGGUGAUCGGAACCGGGGAGAAGUCUCAGUUCGGAGAAGUGUUUAAGAUGAUGCAGGCCGAAGAGACGCCUAAAACUCCUCUACAAAAAAGCAUGGACAAGCUGGGGAAGCAGCUGACGCUCUUCUCCUUCGGCAUCAUUGGCUUGAUCAUGUUCACGGGCUGGCUGCAAGGGAAGCAGCUCCUCAGCAUGUUCACGAUUGGAGUCAGCCUGGCCGUGGCCACCAUUCCAGAGGGUCUGCCCAUCGUUGUUAUGGUUACGCUGGUCCUGGGAGUGCUGCGGAUGGCCAAGAAGCGGGUCAUUGUGAAGAAGUUACCAAUCGUGGAAACCUUAGGCUGCUGCAGUGUCAUCUGUUCUGAUAAGACAGGGACUCUGACUGCCAAUGAGAUGACUGUCACCCAACUUGUAACGUCUGACGGGCUUCACGCCGAGGUCAGCGGAGUCGGGUACGACGGCAAAGGGACGGUCUGUCUUUCACCAUCAAAGGAAGUCCUCAAGGAGUUUGCCAACGUCUCGGUGGGGAAGUUGGUGGAGGCAGGCUGUGUCGCCAACAACGCCAUCGUCAGAAGAAACACCGUAAUGGGACAGCCCACGGAAGGCGCCUUGAUUGCCCUCGCAAUGAAGAUGGACUUAAGUGAUAUUAAAGAUUCAUACGUGAGAAAAAAAGAGAUCCCAUUCAGUUCGGAGCAGAAGUGGAUGGCAGUAAAAUGCAGCCCCAAGAAUGAGGAGCAGGAAGACAUUUACUUCAUGAAGGGGGCCUUUGAAGAAGUGAUCCGUUACUGUACCAUGUACAACAAUGGGGGCAUCCCCCUGCCCCUGACGCCCCAGCAGAGAGCCUUCUGGCAGCAGGAGGAGAAGAGGAUGGGGUUGCUCGGCCUGCGGGUGCUUGCCCUGGCUUCUGGGCCCGAGCUGGGGAGGUUGACGUUCCUGGGUCUCGUCGGAAUCAUCGACCCGCCGAGGGCUGGCGUGAAGGAAGCUGUCCAGGUGCUCUCUGAAUCAGGCGUGUCCGUGAAAAUGAUCACGGGAGAUGCUCUGGAGACAGCCUUGGCCAUAGGAAGGAACAUCGGCCUGUGCAACGGGCAGCUGAGAGCCAUGUCCGGGGAGGAGGUGGAGAGCAUGGAGCAGGACGAGCUGGCUGAGCGUGUGGGGAAGGUGUCUGUCUUCUUCAGGACCAGCCCGAAGCACAAGCUCAAGAUCAUAAAGGCUUUGCAGGAGUCGGGGGCGAUCGUGGCCAUGACGGGGGAUGGGGUGAACGACGCGGUGGCCCUGAAGUCAGCAGACAUCGGGAUCGCCAUGGGGCAGACAGGGACGGACGUGAGCAAAGAGGCCGCCAACAUGAUCCUGGUGGACGAUGACUUCUCAACCGUCAUGAACGCGGUGGAGGAAGGCAGGGGGAUUCUCCAUAACAUCAAGAACUUCGUCCACUUUCAGCUGAGCACGAGCAUCUCGGCCUUGAGCCUCGUCACUCUGUCCACCGUGUGCAACCUGCCCAACCCCCUCAACGCCAUGCAGAUCCUGUGGAUCAACAUCAUCAUGGACGGGCCACCCGCCCAGAGCUUGGGGGUCGAGCCGGUUGACAAAGACACCCUCCGGCAGCCCCCGCGGAACAUCAAGGACACGAUCCUCAGCAGAGCCCUCAUCCUGAGAAUCCUCCUGUCGGCUGCCGCCAUCAUCAGCGGGACCCUCUUUAUCUUCUGGAAAGAGAUCCCCGACAACAGGGCAACCACCCCGCGCACCACCACGAUGACCUUCACCUGCUUCGUGUUCUUCGACCUCUUCAACGCCCUGACCUGCCGCUCCCAGACCAAGUUGAUAUUCGAGAUUGGCUUCCUCCGGAACCACAUGUUCCUCUACUCGGUGCUCGGGUCGAUUCUGGGGCAGUUGGCUGUGAUCUACAUCCCGCCCCUGCAGAAGGUCUUCCAGACGGAGAACCUGGGAGCACUCGAUUUGUUGCUUUUAACCGGAUUGGCCUCGUCCGUGUUCAUUUUGUCAGAGCUCCUCAAACUAUGUGAAAGAUUCUGCUCCAGAGCCAAGAAAGCCCAGAUUCCCCAGGAAGCUGUAUAGCAGCCCCCGA